CGGUGGCUAACGAGUGACGCACCUGCGAACACCGAUGGCAUCGCGUGUAUGAGCAGAAAAACACGCGAGAGAGAAAAAAAGGAGACAGCAGAGUGCCGGAGAGGGCGAUCGACCGACGAGAGAUGCAGUCGACGAGAGUCUCGUAAUAAUACAUCAUUCGCCGGGAAAUUGCGCGCUCGCCUUAUUAUGGCAGAAUGGAUGGACGUAAAUUGCUGCUGUUGCUGAUCCUCUUCCUGACGGUAUGGCAGGGAGCAGUGGCCGUGAUACCGAUGCAAUAUGUCUCUGUGGACGUGGGUAAGGGUUUGAAACUGGCUUGUACCGAGGAGAGUAUCCUCUCACAUUCCGAAGAAUCAACCGUGAGAGUGAUGUGGAUAAGGGAAGGACGAGAGGAUAGACAGAUCGAUCGGCUUAAGGUCGAGCCAAACGGUGUGCUGGAGCUGUUAAAUGUCAGCGCAGACGAUGCCGGCAAUUACUCGUGCUCCUUCGACGAUCAUGACGCCGUGAAAGCUAGAAUCAAUGUGGAAGUCAGAACGCCUCCCCCAGCCCUGCGCAACGUCUGGGUCAAGCCAUCCACGAUACUGGCCAACAUUCUCUGGGAAGUGGCUGGGACCGGCGGGUAUCCUAUCAUAGACUUCACUGCCGAAUAUCGUUUGAAGCCGGGCACGGGCGAGAAGCCGGAAGAUUGGAAGCCCAUUAUUCCAACGCACAUUCCUCCAAAUUCCAGGCAGAUAGACGUGUAUCAUUUGGUGCCAAAUACUACCUACUCGUUUCGAGUGUGGGCAACCAAUCAGUUGGGAAAAGGAGACAUUGUAGAGGUCGAAGGUCAUACGCAUCACAGCGUUGAAGAAUUGGAGCUCGCCCGACACCUUCUAGCCGGUGUAGAGAAUUUCGAUACGCGCGUCUGGGUGGCAGCCGUAGGUAUUGUGAUGGGCACACUUAUGAUUCUUGGUUUAGGUACAUGUUACCUACUGUAUCGCGAGUGCAAGGCACCCUCGCAGCUGGAGGAGCAGGAAGUGAUUGAGCUGGUGCCUAACAUCAUUCUGAAUCCGGGAUUUUUCGACGAGCGCACCGAACACGUGCCACAAGACGAGAACUUCAAUAAUCAGACGACUACGCGUCUCAAUAACAAUAGCGUUGUGCAACCUAGGCGGCUCUAGCGUUUUUUGCUUAGCUUAGACUCGCUCCGCUGCAAAGCAAGCAAGGUGGACACGGUUCUCCACGUCGUCUCGAACGUAAGUAACCGAGUUUAUCGGAAAGGCCUCGAGUUCGUUUAAAAGAAUGAACGAUAAUCGACGAAGUCGAUGGGCUCAGAUACAAGACUAUUAGCGAUAACAGCGAAAAGGGGCAUCUUUUGGAUGAUUCUCGGAACAUAUUGAGAUUCAUCAAUCGUUUUGAGCGCCCCGCUCAGUUUGUCGAGUCUUUUUGUUAUACGCGGAGAUCGAACGACGGAACCGGUUUUUAUUCUAAAAGGGUUCUCCCGUUGAAACCUUCGUCUCUUUAACGUGGUUUUAAGACUUGGACAUUUUUUACAGAAAAUCGCGUUCUUAUUUUUGGAAAAUUUAUAAUAGAUAAAAGCUCCAAGAAGAGAGAACUUACAUAAGUAAAGCUUUUAUACACGUAACAAUAGAAAAGAUGUGGACUAGGUAGAUCAGAGUUUCUUUUUCAAAAACUGGGAGAUACUUCUUCCGUGCGAAACGAAUUAUAAAUUUCGGAAUUAUGGAGAUAGACGAGACUGUUGAAACAGAAGGAAUUGAUAAAAAUGGUUCGAUGCUCGUUCAAUCUCUGACGUUACGACGCAACAAUGAAGUGUUCAAAAAAAAAUGUAAGACUCCAGAUCAGAUUUUUCUUCACGAAAGGAGGUAAUAGUUUUUUGAAAAUGUUUACCGCAGGAUGUUCUCUUUCCCCGAUAAGUUUCUCAAUGACACUUACACUCUCGCUCCAUAACUGCUCAGUGAUCGAGCUUAGAGGAAGCGGAAAUUCCUGUGAGCCAAAAGAAAUCGUAGUAAGACUGUAACUCUAAGAGUAUAAUCCGAAAGAAAUUUGGAGAAUCACCGAAUGAUAUUGUCAAGAGAAUGAUGUCAAGAGACGAUGUAUUUUUCACUCGUUUAUUCUCUCGAAAAGUAGCGCGAUGUGAAAGCUGAACGAUAUAUAAUUCCGUGCGAGUAUUAGGAUUUUCUUUUUUUAACAAAAUGCUCAUUUGUUAGUUUAAGUGAUUGAAUCCUGUAUGCGGUAUGACAAACUUUUACUGCCGUUUUAAGGUAUGCACAAGUCGUUGAAAGUUCCUUUUUUUAGGAAUCUCCGUAAAAGAUCUUUCGCAUUUUAUUUUAUAUAUAUAUACAUAUAUAGAGCUCUCAUUUUUUUUCUGUCAUUGUAAAUAUGCUCGUCGCGCGUGCUCGUUAUUUGUGCUCUUUGUGGAAAAAUCCCGCAAAGUUUGAAGGAUUCGGAAGAUUAGAGAAUAAUGUCGUUUUAAUUACAAUAGUAAUACUUAUACAUUGAGACGUUGUUCAUAAUAUUAUUACGUUAGAUUUUAUUGACGAUACUUCACGAUAAGCUGCAUGCAACUAUUUCAAGGAUGCAUAAUAUUGCUUUUGCACACUUUUGCACUACAUUAAUAACAACCACAACUGUGUCUACGAAUCACUAACGCACACGUUGAUCCAGAAAAAUCAAAUUAAUCUUAAACAGCAAUUUUAAAAACUAAAAAAGAGAAUGGAUAACUGUGAAAACAGAUAAUUGUGCAAACUAAAAGUUUUAACGGGUACAAUAAGCCGCGUAAAAAAUACACGAUGUCUUACUUCGAAAGCGUCACUUUUUAAGGACGAAUUUUUAAAGUCACUUUCCAAAAA